CGUCAGACCACCGUCACGUGACCGACGACGUCACGACAAGCGCUCUCCCAGCUGUCCAAUCACAGCGCAGCGUGCGUGGUCUCGGAGCGCGAGGAAGACGCGUCCGCGACCCGGAGAGAGGACCGUAGCGAGCCGCUCGUGCGAUCGUCAGCCCGAGCGAACCGGAGACAUGACGGCAGAGACGUUCAGAUCGUUAAGGUUGUGUCAGCGUCACGUGUCUCUGUUACGGCGGUGUCCUCGGCUCGUAGGCCUCCGAGUACUCCACCACAAGUUCUCCUCUCACAGAGUUGUAAAGAGUCACAGGCUCUUCAGGAAGCUGCUGGUUGGCGUUUCGGUGGGUGUCCCGCUCGUGGUCGGGGUACGGUAUGCGGUCUCCGAGCCCAGAGAGAGGAGGAAGAUGAAGAUACUAGCAGAAGGAGUUGGACGCUUCUGCAGGUCUCUCUAUGUCGGGCUUGUGAUAUCAGCAGACUACUGGUGGACGUCCAACAUCGCUCUCAGAGGCCUGGAGGAGAGCAGUCCAGAGUAUGAAGCGCUCCUGUCAGCGUGUCACCAGAGAGCCGCCAGCAGCAUGGUGGACGGGGCCAUACAGAACGGAGGCCUGUAUAUCAAGCUGGGACAGGGCCUGUGUGCAUUUAACCACCUGCUACCUCCAGAGUACAUCGGCACCCUGCACGUGCUGGAGGAUAAAGCUCUCAACAGAAGAUACAAAGAGGUAGACGCUUUAUUCCAGGAGGACUUCAGCACUACUCCAGACAAACUCUUCAGGACGUUUGACUAUGAGCCGGUGGCCGCUGCCAGCCUGGCCCAAGUACACAAAGCCCAACUGCAUGAUGGGACACCUGUAGCUGUGAAAGUGCAGUAUAUUGAUCUCAGGGAUCGGUUUGACGGUGAUAUCAGGACUCUGGAGAUUUUGCUGGACAUAGUGAAAUUCAUGCACCCCAGCUUCGGUUUCCGCUGGGUCUUACAGGACCUGAAGGGAACGCUGGCCCAGGAGCUGGACUUUGAGAACGAAGGCAGGAAUUCUGAACGCUGUGCCGAAGAGCUGAAGCACUUUAAGUUUGUAGUCGUGCCCAAAGUAUUCUGGGAGCUGACCAGCAAGAGGGUCCUUACAGCCGAGUUCUGUGACGGAUGCAAAAUCAAUAACGUGAAGGAGAUUCGGCGUCAGGGACUGAGUCUGAAAGACACGGCUGAUAAACUCAUCCGCAUAUUCGCAGAGCAGAUCUUUUACACCGGCUUUAUUCACGCCGACCCUCAUCCUGGAAACGUGCUGGUCAGAAGAGGUCCAGACAGUAAAGCGGAGCUGGUCCUGCUGGAUCACGGGCUGUACGAAUACCUCUGUAAAAGUGACAGAGCGGCUCUGUGUCGGCUCUGGAGAGCCAUAAUCCUGCGCGACGAAGCCGGCAUGAAGGCGUACGCAGGUCAGCUCGGGGUCAAAGAGUACUUCCUGUUCAGUGAGAUGCUGCUGCAGCGGCCGAUCAACAUGUGGGACCUGGGUCUGGGGAACAUCCUGACUCGAGAGGAGACGUCGUACAUGCGGGACAUGGCCGUGAACCGCUCCGAUAAGAUCAUGCAGGUGCUGAAGUGCAUGCCUCGCCCCAUGCUGCUGGUCUUCAGGAACAUCAACACCGUCCGCUGCAUCAACAUCACUCUGGGAGCUCCGGUCGACCGCUACUUCAUCAUGGCCAAGUGUGCUGUUAGGGGAUGGGGCAGAGGUCAGGCGGACGACACCAGGAUGCUCUCCAGACUGUCCGUCUUCUGCUGGGUCUGCUCCUUCUGGGAAAGCGUCAAGUUUGAAUUCGCUUUAAGGUCAGAGAUGGCGCUCAUGAGCAUCACUCGCUCCCUGCUCAAGCUGCUGUCUUACUGCCGUCUCAUCACACUGGACCAGGACGUCUAUCAGUAUCUGAAAUGAAGCGUCUCGUUCCUCGUCUCUCCUCCGGGCCUGUGGUCUAACACAGUCUGCUUUGGGUCGUUGAUUGCUCUUUUAAAGGGAUAGUUCACCCCAAAAUGAAAAUUCUGUUAUUAAGUACUCUCCCUCGUGUCGCUCCAAACCCGUAAGGAGUUCAUUCAUCUUCAGAACACACAUUAAGAUAUUUUGAUGAGAGCUCUCUGACCCUCCACAAGACAGCAAGGAUCCCCACACACAAGUGUUCCCGUAGCUUCACAAAAUUAGGGUUGAACCACUGCUGUCACAUGGACUAUUUUAUCAAUAUCCUUGCUACAUCUCUGAGCUUUGUGCGGAUGCUUGCUGUCUGGAGGUCAGAGAGCCCUCACAUUUCAUCAAAAAUAUCUUAAUUUGCGUGAAGAUGAACGAAGAUCUCUCUGCGGUAAUUUUCGGGUGAGCUAUCCCUUUGACCACGCGCUCGUUGGAGCUCGAGCUUCCAGGAACCGGCCUCUCGCCGUGGCUUUCCUCCGAAAUAAGCGCCGGCGAGCGGCAUUUCACAGAAAGCAGAGGACUUUUUAAUUCAGCUUUUAUCAGUUCUGAUAGUCCGCGUUUAACAGACUCGUUUGAUUCAGGAAAUCCGAGCUGCGUUCGUCGCUAGGACGAUUCAUGCUUAUAAUUUCAGGGCGGCAAUAAAAACAAAUCAGUCUGAACAAAGCAAAUAAUUAUGCUAAAAACCUUUUACCUCGACGGGUUUAGCAAUUUCAGCGAGUAAUAAGAGUUCAGACUGCACUGACAACAACCUUUUUACUAAUUCUAUUUAAAGUUUUAUAUUGUAUUUAUGAGGACUUUGGUAAUUAAUUGGUGAUACGCGGUUGAAACAGGUUUUGCUGUCUAACGUUUCUAGACGACUCACUGUCAGAUUGGAUAUGUAAUCUACAUGCUAUGUAUUCUGAAUGUAAAUCACUUAUACUGCACUUUCAUGUGCUUAUAUCACCUGGAGUUAGAAAUCAGAACCAGUCAAAGAAUCUUUUUGAAAAUGCAUCUUAUUGAGAAUUAUUUUUACAACUCGUAAUAUUUAAUCAAACUGUCCGAGCGUCAUCUUUUAGUGCAGUAUCAGAUAUAUGCUGGAUUUCUCUGAUCAUUUUCUCCACUUAAAUCAUUACACUCAAUUGAAAAGCACAAAAGAAAAGUCACUCUCUGCUUUAACCCUGAAAGCAAACAAAGCGACCCUUGUGAACACUUACCAGAGAACGACUUGGAUUAUGUGUUUGAGGUUCUGUUGUUCUUCUUCAGUGGUCAGACUGUAUCUGCACUCAGAGAAUCAUGUGAUGAAAAGUAAAGAAUAACGACACAGAAA